AGCUUCCUGUCAGCUGCAGCAGUCGGUGGUGCUCCUCACGGCAGCCUCGUCCAAGGCCACAGCCUGCAUCAACGCUGAGUGUCCUCGCGCCAGUCCUGCAGCGCUGCCCCAGGGCAGGGAGCGAUGGAGUCAGGGCUGUGGGGCAGGAGACUCGGUGCUGGAUCCUGUCCUGUGCUGCCCUCCUGUCAGUACCAGCCACCGGGCUUUGCGUGGUGAUCUCCAAAGGCAACGUCCUUCAGAGUGCUGUGGCCUUCUGCAAACAAUUUGCUGAUGACAGUGGGCACCCUGCCCACCAUGCGUGUGUGGACCCAGGAGGUCAGCAGUUUCCACCAGCUCUUUCUUGUCUUCCAUGAUUCCAUUUCCUCUGGAUUUGCGUGUAGCAGCUUUGGAGGAGACACCGUGCUGGGGAGCAUCAUGUCUUUAAGGAGGGCAACAAUAGUCCUGGACUCAAGCAUUAUGUCUUCAUUUUGGUCCUCCAAGGAGUGGUGAAGAUCUCAUACAGGACGACUGAGUUGAAAGCAGAUAAGGGCAAAUAGUUUUUCUCUAGAGAAGUCUGAAGAAUCACGGAUCCACAGCUCCUGCAGCAGAGAGCUUCUAUCACCAAAGAGCCUUCUGUGGAAGGAGAGGAAAAUGAAAUCUCACGAGUUCCUGUUGCUGGAUGCAGCAUGACCCUGUGUCAUCCCAAUGCACGUGGAAACCUCCAGCGCACCCAGGGACUGCUUGACCUUCCAGAUGGGCCCUGCUAUUUAACCUGGGGGGGCUCUUGCUGUGUUGAACGUGACAUGACUGAAUCAUUGCUAGUCCUUGGGAGAAGCUAUGCAAAGGGUACAUAUCUACAAACAUAAAACAUAGAUGUUAAUACCUCAGAUGAAAGACGAAAACUGGAUAAAAGCAGUGUGUUAUAGCUACCUUGGUUUUCUUUGACUAACUGUCGUGGUUCAGGGAGUCCUGGCUCUCAGAGCACUUCCCACAGGUCAGCGAGUUAAGCCUUACAGUGCGGUGUGUGCUAGACAAGAAACAUAGUGCAGAGCCCAGAACACAGACGGCAGAACUUGCUUACAGUGGCACUUAAACACGGAGAGGAAGAAGAAGGUUCAGCAGAGAGAGGGUUCAUGGACACUGAGUAGCAAAAAGUUAAGGCUCUGGGUCACAACAUGGGAUAGCUCUGUAUGUCCCCAUCUGGGACAUACAUCCUGCACUGGUUUCCACAUACUGAUUUCCAACUUCCAAGAAAACGAAACAAAACAAAACAUUUUUCUUAGAAAAAAGCAGAAGACAGAAUUAAGUUAUUUGCACAUCAAACAGAAUGUUUAUUUUUUAUUUAUUUUUUGAAUGAGGACAUUCAACUAUUAAUGAUGGGCAAGCCAUUAAAUAGCUAGCUAGGGCAAAGGCUCAGUUCUUGAUAUUUUUUCCACCUCUGUAAAGUAGAAUAGUCUGUUUCGUUUACCUGGUCUUGCACGUGUUCUUCACGACUGCCAAAGGACUCUUGCAAAAAUAAACGCGUGUUCUCUAUAGCGGGGAUAUUUCAGAGCCACAAGUCUCUUGAACAAAGCAGAUGUGGCCUUUUUUUCUGGUGAGUGCGGAGGGUAGCCAGUGAGGUUAGGGGAAGAUGUCAAAGGUGCUUGCUCCUGAUCCCAGCUGGCUUUCUGCAAGCUAUGCAACGUGCUGUUACCAUGACCCUUUUAAACACUUUAAGUGUUUGUACCUCUUGCUGUGAUGCUUCUUGUAGUUUUGUGGGACCAAAGGCCCUGCUAUUUCUCUUGUGUCUUCAGAUAUUAACCAGAAAGUGGUGUAAAGGCAUUGUAAGGCAUGGAUGGCGUGAAUCAUAGUGGCUGUAAUGAGAAGACUGUCCUGCCCACACAGGGAUAAAUCUGGCCCCCUCGGAACUGGUGAGACCGGCUAUCAAUUCUUCUUUAUGCAAGACUUGCUUUAAUCAUGUCUAUCAGCUGUCAUUCCUUAGGUACACACCUGGACUUUCAUUUCUCCGGAAACAUUCUGCCAAAACUUCACUUAAAACAAGGAGACUGUUAAAAGUUUGUCUUGCUGACUGUGUCUUUUUGCAAAUGAAUGCAACACUGCUUUAAAUUUUCGUAAACUGAACUGGAUAUCCCUGCUGGCAGAUGAACCGAGAUAUUGUUUCCUCGCAGCAUGGAGGAUUUGCCAGAUGGCAGAAGUGUUUUCAAUCAGAAUUUGAACUCUGAAGGAAAGAAAUGCCUAAAACAAUCCGAAAGGGAGAAAACUAAAACUCAUCAGCCUCUUAGACAACUGCAAUACAGGGAAGUCACGCUCCUUUUUUCUGACAGUCUGUGGAAACCUGAAGCUCCCAGGGCUUUAUCUCACAUCAGAAGUGCUCUAUGAGUUUCUCUGGCAGUGUUCUUGUUUUAAUAGAAGAAAGGACCUUAAUAUGAGAGUAUAAAUAAUCUAACUUCUAAUGAAGUCAGUGUUCUACUACUAGAAUGAUCUAGAAUUGAGCCUUAUUUUAAGUGAUCUGUAGACCCAACUGAGGAGCGUGUAGGAUGCAGCACAGCACAGCUUCUGCAGUGUGUGGAUUCACUGAAUGAGUAAAAGUUUCUUCAGAAACUGCACUUCUUGCUUCCUGACCCUGAUAGUUCUAGGGAUGCUACAAGUCACCAUACACAAGCCCUUUCCUUGAACAGCCCCUGCAUUACGGUAAAAGUGCGUUCCCUGCACUGUGGUGGGGAUCACCGGGGGCAGAAGGACGUCUGUGUGCGAUGCACCUGGACACGUGCAAUGUAGUUCUGAUGUGGACAUGAGAUGGGACCCUAAUGGGGUGUAUGGGAGAGUCAAAUGCCAGGCGAUAAGGUGCUACCUGAAACAUACUUAGCAUCUGAGUGUCAGAAAGUUGACCCAAAUAGCUGGUUAAAUAUACAUUCCUUGUACUGAGCUUAAUGGGACAUGGACUACUCAAGGAAAGAAGGGUCAGGGUUACAAGUUCGGAGGAAAACAUCCUCCAGGACCAGCGCUGCUUUCCGCCCCGCAGCCCCGCUGCAGCACCCGCGGCCACGUUUUCGAGGGGACCACGCACAGCACCACGAGCACCGGCACUGCUCCCGGCCUGGGGGCUCGGCAGCUGGCGGCUCGGAUCUUGGGAGGCCUCUCUCAGCACCACGGCAGGGCCUUGAGCUCCCGGGCAGGAGCGGCGCCAUGUGGAUCCAGGUGCGCACCAUGGACGGCAGGGAGACCCACCGCGUGGACUCGCUCUCCAAGCUCACCAAGGUGGAGGGGCUGCGGCAGCGCAUACACCAGGUCUUCGGCGUCGAGCCCCACCGGCAGCGCCUCUUCUACCGGGGCAAGCAGAUGGAAGAUGGUCACUCCCUUUUUGAUUACAGUGUUGGACUGAAUGACAUUGUUCAGCUCUUGGUUAGACAAAGCCCAGCAGUGCUUCCUGCUGUUAGUAAGGAGAAGGAUUCUGAGCUCUCUGACACAGACUCUGGCUGCGGCUCAGGCCAAAGCGAAUCUGACAAAAGCUCUCACAAUGGAGAAGGUGCCAUGGAACUGGAGGGACAGCCCAGUACGGCUGCGCAGCCUGACUGGACUGACCCAGGCUUCGGCCUCUAUAAGAUCAAUGACUUGGUUGAUGCUCGUGAUAUGAAUAUGGGAGCAUGGUUUGAAGCCCAGGUUGUAAAUGUAACCAGAAAAAAAGCUGCAAAUGACAGUUGUGCAGAUCCUGAUCAGCAGACGACCAUUCCUGAAGAAGAUGUAAUAUAUCAUGUGAAAUAUGAGGAUUAUCCAGAGAAUGGAGUUGUAGAACUGAGUUCGAAUGAUGUACGGGCUCGUGCACGGACUAUUUUGAAAUGGCACCAGCUAGAAGUAGGACAGGUGGUGAUGGUCAACUAUAAUCCCGACGAACCAAAAGAGAGAGGUUUCUGGUAUGAUGCUGAGAUUCUGCAGAAAAGGGAAACAAAAAUGAUUAAGGAGAUAAAUGCGAAGAUACUACUUGGGGAUGCCGGUGAUUCUUUGAAUGACUGCACAAUUACGUUUGUGGAUGAAAUUUAUAAAAUCGAAGAACCAGGCAGUGCUUGUCCUGUUAGUGCCAGUCCAUUAAAACGACAAAAUGGACCUGUGUGUAAAGCUUGUAAGGACAACCCGAACAAAACCUGCAGGAUUUGUGCUUGCUAUAUCUGUGGGGGUAAACAAGAUCCAGAUAAACAGCUCAUGUGUGAUGAGUGUGAUAUGGCUUUCCACAUCUACUGCCUCAACCCUCCCCUUAGUAGUAUACCAGACGACGAGGACUGGUAUUGCCCUGAAUGUCGAAAUGAUGCAAGUGAGGUGGUUUUAGCAGGAGAGAAAUUAAAAGAAAGUAAGAAGAAACAAAAAAUGGCAUCUGCUAAUUCAUCCUCACGGAGAGACUGGGGCAAGGGUAUGGCAUGUGUUGGCCGCACAAAGGAAUGUACCAUUGUCCCCUCUAACCACUAUGGACCAAUUCCUGGGAUUCCGGUUGGCACCAUGUGGAAAUUCAGAGUACAGGUGAGCGAAUCUGGUGUUCACAGGCCCCACGUAGCAGGUAUACAUGGCAGAAGUAAUGAUGGUGCUUAUUCCUUGGUUCUGGCAGGAGGCUAUGAAGAUGAUAUAGAUCAUGGAAAUUCCUUCACAUAUACAGGGAGCGGAGGUCGUGAUCUCUCUGGAAACAAACGUACAGCAGAACAGUCUUGUGAUCAAAAACUCACCAACAUGAACAGAGCUCUGGCUCUGAACUGUAGUGCCCCCAUCAAUGACAAAAAUGGAGCUGAAGCUAAGGACUGGAGAGCUGGGAAGCCAGUCCGAGUGGUGAGGAAUGUGAAAGGAGGCAAACACAGCAAAUACGCUCCUGUAGAAGGGAACAGAUAUGAUGGGAUAUAUAAGGUUGUGAAAUACUGGCCCGAAACAGGGAAAUCUGGAUUUUUGGUGUGGCGUUACUUACUUAGGAGGGAUGAUGACGAACCUGCUCCUUGGACCAAAGAAGGAAAGGACAGGAUGAAAAAGCUUGGCCUAACAAUGCAGUAUCCUGAGGGGUAUUUAGAAGCUGUUGCAAACAAAGAUAAAGAAAAAGAAAAUAAUGGAGAUGAUGAGUUUGAUACCCCAGGGAAAGGAAAGAGGAAAAGGAAAUCAGCAGGUGGAGGGGAGGAAAAAGUUGUUAACUCUCCUACAGGGACUCCAAAGAAAACUAAAGUAGAGCCAUAUAAGCUGACAUCUCAGCAAAAAUCUCUUAUAAAAAGUGAUGAAGCCAAUGAAAAACUGUGGAAUGAAGUACUAGAUGCUCUCAAAGAUGGACCGAAAUUUCUAAAUAAAGUUGAAGAGGCUUUCUUGUGUAUUUGCUGUCAGGAGGUUGUGUUUCGGCCAGUCACAACUGUAUGCCAACAUAACGUGUGCAAGGAUUGUUUGGAUAGAUCCUUCAAAGCAGAUGUGUACAGUUGUCCAGCCUGCCGCUACGAUCUUGGCAAAAACUAUACCAUGCAAGUGAAUGAAACACUGCAGACCAUUCUAACUCAGCUCUUUCCUGGAUAUGGCAAUGGACGGUGAUU